GUGUUGGCGUUUAUGACGUCGAGCUUGACUGGCUCGUCACUCAGACAGACAGGAGGUUCGCUGUCAAAGAGGGUGGAUGCCCGAGUUGAGCCGAGCUGGAAAUGACCUAGAGGCCUUACAGAUACAUUUGCGCUCUUGUCGAUGUAAUCUGCAUCAGCGGGCGAGUCCCACCCACCUACCUCAGCCAGCACACAGACGGGAAAAGCACGAACCCCAUCGAACGGGUGUGGUGGACACACGGAGCUGAGGGACGCUUUUGGAGAAGAGCACCUUGAGACGGACUGGAUCCGCCUCAUCGUCACAAUCCGGAAUCUAUUUGCAUGUUUUUUUAAAACAUUUUGUGACCCCCGUGCUGUUGACCAGUGUUUUGUUUUGCUCAUUUUUGCUUUCAAUCUGAUUACUUUCUAUUUUCAUCAGUGAAGGGUUUCUAUAUGUACAAAAGCUACAGACUGUAUGAAGAAUUUUCUUUUGUCCCUCUUCUAAAGGAAGGCUAAUGCACUUUUAAGCUUGGCUCUAGGAUCCGUUUAUGUGAGGCUGAACCAGAAUCUUGGAGGCAUGCGUUUUUUUAUAUGCAGCUGGCCUGCAUAUAAGCACUUCACAUAGGCCCCCGCCACUCUCUGCUUGCCACCCCUGCCUUUGGCUUCCCCCAAGUCGUCCUGAGAUGAGCCUCUGGCAGGCAGAAUCCCUCAGUGGUCUUUUUUCGUGACCAGGACUGUCGUAUUGAGCAUUUCCUUGUGCGUUCGAGAGGAUUUUAUUUUAUUUUUUGGGGGGUAAACUAAACAAACAGGAUCGUCCGGUGCUGGUGCACCACCUAUGUAUUGUUGCAGUGCGCAGCAAAGUAAAAUGGACUACAAGCGUCGCUUUUUGCUCGGCGGGUCCAAGCAGAAAGUCCAACAGCACCAGCAGUACCAGAUGCCUGAGUUGAACCGGACCCUUAGCGCCUCACUAGCCUCCUCCUGCUCGGCCACCUCUCCCAUGGGUGUACCUGACGGCUGCCACCCCUCCUCUUCCACUGCAGUGGCCGACAUCCAGCAGGGCAUCUCCAAAUACUUGGAUGCCCUCAACGUGUUCUGCCGGGCCAGCGCCUUCCUCACUGACCUGUUCAGCAGCGUGUUCAGGAACUCUCAUUACUCCAAAGCGGCUAUGCAACUGAAGGACGUGCAGGAACAUGUCAUGGAGGCGGCCAGCCGGCUGACGGCGGCCAUCAAGCCCGAAAUUGCCAAGAUGCUGAUGGAGCUGAGCGUCGGGGCCGCCAACUUUAAAGAUCAGAAUGACUUGAACUUGCAAGAUGUUGAGGUCCUGGGUCGGUGCUUCUUGACAGUGAUGCAGGUUCACUUCCAGUUCCUUUCGCAGACCUUGCAGAAGGUCCAGCCAGUGGCACAGUCCUGCCUGGCUGAGGCUCUGGCGCAGGCCCAGGAGCGCUCUGCCAACGUUCGGGCCCAAAGCGCCGAGCUCGGGCCGCUCACGGAGCUGGAGGAAGCCUCCCGCUCCUGGAAAGGUGCAGCUGAGGCCACGGCGAGGCUGCGAGAGAGAGGUCGUGACGGCUGCUUGGCAGGCCUCCAGGUCCAGCAGCUCUUCUGCUCACACAAUACCAACAUCCCUGAGCACCAGCUGAAGGACCUCAACAUGAAGAUCGACAGUGCUUUACAGGCGUACAAGGCAGCGUUGGAGAGCCUGGGCCAUAGCGAGUACGCGCUGAAGGCCGGCUUCCAUCUCAACCCCAAAUGCGUGGAGGCAGCCUUGCAGGGCUGCUGCGGCGAGGCGGAAGCGCAGCAGGCGGGCCGGAUGCAGACCACCUCCCAGCCCAUCCAAUGCGAGCUGCCCACCAUCCCCGUGCAGAUUGGUUCGCAUUUCCUCAAGGGCGUGUCCUUCAACGAGUCGGCGGCGGAGAACCUCAAACUGAAAAUGCAAACCAUGCUGCAGCUAAUUAAGGAGGCGCUGGGCCAAAAUGGGGUGACCCCCAGGGACGACUCCCCCGUCACCGAAGUGCUCAACCAAGUGUGUCCAUCCAGCUGGAGGGGGGCCUGCAAGACUGGCGUCCAGCUGCUGUUUGCUCAGGCUGGUUUGGUGGUGGUCGACACGGCUCAGAUUGAGAACAAGGAGUCGUAUGCCCCUCACAUCACCCUAGAAGGAUCCAGGCUGGUGGUCCAGGUUCCUUCCACGUGGUGUCUGAAGGAGGACCCGGCAACAAUGUCCUUGCUCCAGCGUAGCCUUGACCCAGAGAAGACGCUCGGGCUCGUCGAUGUGCUCUACACAGCUGUGUUCGACAUCAAUAGAUGGAAGGAGAGGAAAGAGCAAUCCUUGCCGACUAUCCAGAUUCAGCUGCAGCGGGAGAACCCGGACUUUGGCGGCCAUACAGAUUUGCCACCGGGCACCAGCUCCAAGACCUCGAGCGGCCUCCCCAAAACCAUCUCCAAGCUGACGUCCAAGUUCACCAAGAAGGUUUUGUCCACCUCCAACAGCGGCGGCAGCUAUUCAAUUCCAAGCACGCCGUCCCGCAGCAUGCUGACGUGCAGCAGCUCCGAAGACAAGGCUAAGACCUUGGGCCACAGCGAGGGCCGGCUCCACAGCCUGCUGCAGAUGGGUGCCGGCCCUGAAGCGGGCCCCCAAAAUCCACUGAUGAAUGGUUUGGCAUGUGACGAGCAGGGCAUGAACCUUCCGACGGACCAGGAGAUGCAGGACGUCAUCGACUUUCUUUCAGGGUUUAACAUGGGCAAAUCCCAGCAGGCAUCCCCGCUCGUCAAGAGGAGGAACUCUGUGGCGUCCGCCAACCCCGCUGAGCUCAAACCCCCUGCCGGCCCUUCACCAACUUCCUCGGUUAUUUCUCACGGGACGCACAGCCUGUCCCAACCCCAGGCUCAGCCUCCGACACCGCCAUCACAACAACAACAACCAACACCUCUGCCUGUGUCCCAGCAGCCCUCCGCCCAGGCCCUGCAGUACUACCAGCACCUCCUGCAGCCCAUAGGCCAGCAGCAGCCGACACCGCCCCCUCAGCUUCCUCCUCCGCAGCAAAGGGCGGCCAGCAAGUGGCUGGGUACGUCUGGCCAGCAACCUCCACCAGGAGGGUUGUCACCCCUGGGUCCCAUUGGCCAGUGGGGGGGCUCCCCUGGGCUGCCGGACCUGAGCUCGGACCUGUACAGCCUAGGCCUGGUGAGCACGUACAUGGACAGCGUCAUGUCCGAGGUGCUGGGCCAGAAGCCUCAGGGGCCCCGCAACAACACGUGGCCCAACAGAGAGCAGAGUGACGGCGUCUUCGGCGUCCUAGGAGACACGCUGCCUUUUGACCCCGCAGUGGGCUCCGAUCCGGAGUUUGCCCGCUACGUGGCCGGGGUGAGCCAGGCCAUGCAACAGAAGCGUCAGGUGCAGCACCCACGUCGCCCCAGCAACCCUCGCAGCAACUGGCCUAUGCCCGAUGAACAGCACAGGACGUGGGCGCACCCAGAGUACUACAGCGAGGGCGAGGCGGUCAACAGCGGCUGGUCGGCCAAUCAGGGAGACUCUGCCAGCUCCAGCGACGAGACGUCCUCCGCCAAUGGAGACAGCCUCUUCUCCAUGUUCUCUGGACCCGAUCUCGUGGCGGCGGUCAAGCAAAGAAGGAAACACAGCUGUGGCGAGCCGGAAGCGUGCACCCUACCCUCGCCAGGCCUCCAUCAUGUCGCUGACGACAACCAGGACAGCAAAACGAAAACGUGGCCUCCCAAAGCUCCGUGGCAGCCCUCCGCCCACGGCGGUGGCGGCGGCGUGACCAAUCCCAGCUCUUCCUUGUACCACCAGAUGAACCUCCCGCCGCCAUCGUCCUCGUCGCAGUGGAGCGACUCCAUGCAGAUGCUGCAGUCGCCAGUGUGGUCUGCGGCCGGCGGCGGUGACUGCUCGCCUUCGGCCGCCGCCAUCUCCUCGCCGUUCCCCUUUGCCCAGCAGCAGCAGCAGCAGCAGCAGCAGCAGCAGCAGCUGAAAGGCAUGAAGGCCUUCAAGUCGUUCCCCUUGAAACACGAGCACAGGUCCUCCUUCCUGCACCAGUACUGAGCCAGACGCUACACAUACUACACGCUACAGUAAACACACUGGCUCCAUCUAUGACACCCUUCGACGUUCUUUUGCAUACGCUACAUUUCGACAAGGAUGAUCAGGGCCACGCUGACAGGAAAAAUACAUCCCUCUACCGCCAUAAAGACACAAUUACCGCAUUGAAUUCCCACAAAAUGAAAUCUAACUUCAUGGGGGGGGAAUUUAAAUUUUACAAAAAAGAAGUCAGAACUUUACGAAAAAAGACAGUCAAGUCGGAACUUGAAUGGAGAGAAAAAGUAUCAAAAUUGUCGAGAUUUUUUUCUUCAAAUAUAAACUAAAAAUAUAAAUUUACAUUCAUUUUAAAACAGAAAAAAUAUCAUUUCUAUUUUUGGGACAAUAUAAAACAUUCUUGUGAAAGAAAGUUGUAAUCAGCUCUUACAAGAAUUAAAUCCAAAUUUUAGAUAAUUAUUUUCUCACAAAUAUAGUACCAGCUUAAAUGUUAAAAUGUUUUAAAUAUACAUAUUUACAAAUUACAAAUUCACAAUGUUUAACAAAAUGUUCGUCUUAUGACAAGAAAUUGCUCUGUGGAGAAGCAGUCAAUAAUUAAAAGAAUAAAAUCUCAAUUUUAGAAAAAUAUUUUGGUUACAAACUUGCAACUUGAUUCUCGUCAAAUGAUGUCUUCUCUCGUUAAAGUCCGUCUUGUUAUAACCUUCCGUGAAGUCAUACUUUUAUGAGAAUGAAGUCGGAACUUUGUGAGAAAUCAAGUUGUAAUAUGAAAAGAAUAAAGCCCUAACUUUAUAGAAAAUAUCGUAAUGUUAUAAGAAAAAAGUUGUAACUUUACCAGAAAAAAAGUAGAAUGUAGUCAUUUUAUGAGAAUACUGUCAGAAUUUACCAAGAAUCAAGUUGAAAUUUGAGAAAUGUUUUUAAAAAAGUUUGGGAUUCAUUCUCGUAACAUAUUCAUGUAAAGUUCAUUGUCGUAAAAUUUCAAUUUGUCGUAACUUCAUUAGAAAGAAGUCAUUUGACUAGAAUGAAGUCGAACUUUUAAGAGUCAGAGCUUUUUGACAGGAAUGUAUCUUCACGAAAAUAAAAUCAGAACUCUGCGAGAACAAUUUAAUUUGCGUGAAUAAAGUUGUAACUUAUCAGAAAUAAUAAUAAUAAUAAAUAAAAAAUUCUUUUAUGAGAAUAAAGUCAGAAUUUAAGUAUUUUUUCCCAAAGUUCUGACUUCAUUUUGGUAAAAUGUCUUUUUUUUUUUUUUUGUAUCAUAGUUACCAUUAUGUAAAAUUCGCAUUUCGUUCUUGUCGUGCUUUUUUUGUAAAGUUUGGUAUUUUCUCUCCCAACGUUCCUUAUAAGUCUGACUCUUGUCACGUAAUAUGACAUGGCUUCAUAUCUGACUUUUUUCUUGGAAAAAAAACGACUUAUUCUCUUAACAUUGCAACUUUUUUGCUUGUUUCGUUCGAGUUUUGUUUUUCUCUCAUAUUGCGACUUUAUUAACGUAACGCUACACACUUUUCCUUAACAUUAAGACUUUUCCCCCUGUUGUAACGCAAAAACUUUUUUGCUCCUUGUUUGCAUGUAAAAUGACUGUUCAUAACCACAUUUUCCUCAUGACUUUUUGUCAGUAUGACGUUUGGGAGGAAAAAAGACAAUUCACUUAACAUUACGACUUUUUUGCUUGUUACUUUAUGAUUUCAUUCUUGUAACAAUUUCUCGCAAAAUCAUGACCUUAUUCUCAUAACGUUACCUUUUUCAUAACAUUUAUAACAAGACUUUUUCCCUCAUUACUUUACGACGUUUAGUCUUGUAACAUUACAACUUUUUCUCUUGGAACUUUACAAUGUUUGCAGUUUUGAGGUUUUUUUUUUUGCUGGUUAACUUCAUGACUUUUUCCAUAAAUUACUUUUUCCUCAUAACUUUACAUUUUUUGCACUUAACAUUACGACUUUUUCUGCGUUGUACUUUUUAACUUUUUUUCUUAUACUAUUAGCAUUUUUUUUUCUCGUCCGCGUGGCCCUGGUACUCCUACAUAUAUCAGAGAUCUAUUUUGCCAUUCCCCCUCCCCAGUCCCAACUACUACUUACUACUACUAUUAUUAACAUUACUACAAAGCUGUCAUUUCUCUGCCCUGUGAGGAGGGGUGGUGACCCCCGCACCCCACACUCCCUUUAAGGCAAGAGCUGGAGACUGCUUGGGGGGGAAAAAAAAAAAAGACAACCUUAGCGUGUGUAAAGCGAGCUGUAACUGCCAAAUGUACAGCUAGUGUGUACAUAAAUUUUUAUUUUUCACAUUUUUAAAGAGGCUUUGAGCAGGCUCAGCACAGUUAAUACGCAAAUACACUACUUUUUUUUUUUUUUUUUUUUCUUAUGAUUUAUUUGUCCUCAUUGGACUCACACAGAUAUAUUCAAUGUGCCAUUUUGCUUCCGAAAGCACUUGUUCCCAACCAAAGCAGGAGAUGGAACGGCGAUGCGUUCGCUUGCCGCCCCGCGAAUUAGAUGCCACGACUCCUCGUUAUUUUUUCUCAACAGUAUUAAUAAUCGUACUUAAAGGCUAUUUUCCACUUCCCGAUUUAUGUGAAAAAAGCACACGAGUCGUCCAACUUUACCAAAUACGCUAAAAUAGUUUUAUUUGGUGUUUAUGGCAAAAGCCCCGAAUGUUCUGUUUUUGUGAAGUUUGCAGAUGCCAAUGUUGCCUGUAUUUAUGAAACGACUCCACACACACACAAAACAAAUAACACACUUCAAAAUGUUUACAGUUUUGCUGUACAAACGUACAACUAUAUCUUUUUAUAGUUAAAUGUGCUUUGCACAAUCAACAUAGAGAUUUUUCUUUUAUGGGUCUGUUGCCUCCCUUAAAGCGUUUGCCUUCACUUUACUUUUCUAAAGACAGAAAUUGCUAGCUGAUUCCCCCCACGCCCCCACGUUAAACUGUUUUCCUAUUAUGGUGGCAAGGGGAAAAACAAAACCAUAAUGGAAAAAUGAUAACAUGAGAUGAGGUCAUGUAAAGGGGGCGGGGCUGCUAGGCUUACAUUGCUUCUUGUUCUUUUCCGCUGGCGUCUAGAAAGCUACCAGCAAAGCAGAAAAAAAUAAAUAAAAGAUGACUAGUAA